AAUCAGUCUUUUGGAAUUCGCGAAACAAUGCGGACGCCGUACGAAGAAAGCGCUGCUGCCGCCGACCACAAAUAUCAAUACCAAUACACCGCGGCCAAUAAUAACAAUAAUUACUAUAAAAACUAUAAUGUGAAUGGCAAUGGGCAGGCGAAUGGAAAUGGGAAUCUAAGUGGAAUUGGUAAUGGAAAUGGAAUUGGAAACGGCAAUGGAUAUGGAAUACCUUAUCACGCGCGCGAGAACUCGCUGCCAUUUAGCUAUGGCAUAGCCAAAACUUCGACACCGUUGCGAAAAACUCCGACACCGACGCGAGUGGAUAGUUUUCUAGACUUUGAUUUCGGGCCAACGAAUACGAAUGUGAAUUCGAAUAGUUCUAGCAAUAAUGGCGGUACUGGCGAUAUGAUAAAGCCACCAACACGUCUAACGAGCCCUUUGCUGGUGCGCAAAACGCUGGGCAAUGCCGUUAGUCCCACCAGUUCGACCAAUACCAACACCAUAGCCAAUACAUACCACUACACGUCGAGCAGCGCAACGCCGACGCCGGUGAGAGAUAAUUUCGAGCAGCUGCUGCGGGAGCGACGCGAAAAGGUCUACAAUGAAUAUAGGAAUCUGGAUAGGGAGUCGUCCGGGGAGCGGGCCAGAGUGGCACCCGCUCCGCCGCAGAGGCAAUACUACCCGAGCGAUGGCUAUGGAAUUGGGCUGAAGAACGAUAGCAAUGGAACCCUAUACCGCAAGAGCCCCUCGUCUAAUGGGAAAUCAACGAAAUACAACUACGAUUUUGAGUUCAAUCUGAAUCUGGAUGAUGUUAGGCCCGAACCUACACCGUAUACCACGAGGAAUAUUCACUUCGAGGAUCUGCGGCUGGAUCAGGAUGUGCCAGAUGGCGUGGUCAAUCGGCGGACCAUGGAACGCAAUUAUCACACAAUUAACAGCUUGGAAACGACCCACAAACGCCAGCAGUUGGAGCCGUUGGAGCAACUGGGCGCCGUUUAUGGCCAGAACCACAUGGAGGAGACACUCACGCGCACUCGUCGCGAUCUCUCCGCAUCCACAUCGACAUCCAAGUCCACCUCGCCAUUGCCGGCAAUAGGAGUACCAGCUAUAGCACCAGCUUCGCCCAUUUAUGCCACCAGUACGAAGAGAGUGAGCAACCCAAAUACCAAUGGCCAACAGCAGAUGACGCCUAGUCCCACCAGUAGGCCAGAAACGCCCGCCUUUCCGGUCACGCCGCGCACGCCUUUUGGGGCAUCAUCAUCAUCAUCUGCGUCUCUGGCGCCGACGACCCAGUUGCCCCCAGAGUCGAUCUACCAAACAGGGCCACGUCGUGGCGUACCGCCUGCACUGCAGCCACUCGAGGUGUCCGCCGAUUCCGUACAAUUUGCCCGUAGUUCGUCCCAGUUCUGGUACAAACCAAAUCUCACUCGCGAAGAUGCCAUCGCUCUGCUGGCCUCUGCCCAGCCGGGCACGUUCCUGGUCAGGGACUCCACCACGUACAAGGAUUCCUAUGGCCUGGUGGUGCGGGUGUCCCAACCGCCUCCCGGUUCACAGGAGCUGGUGCGUCACUUCCUCAUCGAGCCCACGAAGGGGGGAGUGCAUCUGAAGGGCUGCGAUGACGAGCCGGUGUUCACUUCACUGUCCGCCCUCGUCUUCGAGCAUUCCAUAAGCCAGCUGGCGUUGCCAUGUCUCCUCCGUCUGCCCGAUCGGGAUAUAGUACCACCGGUGCGGGCCACAACCCCUGCCCAGCAGCAUCUAUUGGCCCACGGAGCAGCCACCAAUGUGCUGUGGCUCUACUCCUGCGACACGGAAUCGCUGACAGGAAACGAGGCCAUCCGCAAGGCCAUCCGCCAGAUGUACGGUCAGCAACCCUUGCCGCAGCCCACGGAGGUGCACUUCAAGGUCUCCUCGCAGGGCAUCACGCUCACGGACAAUACGCGCAAGAAGUUCUUCCGGAAGCACUACAAGGCGGAUGUUAUCUCGCACUGUGCCAUCGAUCCGGAGAACAGGAUGUGGACCAGUGAGGGCGAGUCUGACAAGAAGACCAUCUUCGCCUUCGUGGCCAGGAGGUCGCACAGCUCCACGGACAACCAGUGCCAUGUGUUCUGCGACCUGUCCGUCAGCCAGCCGGCGGCGGCGAUUGUCUCGUUCGCCAAUCGGACACUGCCCACCGAAAAGCUGCGCAACUACGUCCUGUAGGAGGGAGGGGGCGUGGCACGGGUCAACAGGUCAGCAGGCUGGAUUCCACUUCCAUCCGUGGAGUGGAAUGGCGCACAAGCAGGUGAGACGCAUGACGGGUGCAGUUUUGUUAUGGGUCGUAAAUUAGAGUACAUUUUGGGUGCGGUUCGGCCUUGGGAGGCGAAAUUGACAAUUACAGUAGUCCUUCGAGAGGGUGAGCUUAGUCGCGAAAUUUAAAACAAACAAAUAUUCUUUAGACUCCAAAUUUCAAAUUCUAUAUUCAUUUUUCUAAAGGUCAAACAAAAUUGGUCGUAAAAACGUUUUAAAAAGUACUUUCUAGAAACGAUUUCUUUCCGGCAUUUGUUUGUUUUAAGCAUCGUAUUUGUAUUUGUCUGAAACAAAUUGUUUCUCCGUGGUUUGGUUGAGACAUUCUUAUUUUUAGAGACUUUCCCUUGUUGUUUGUUUUAAAAUAGAUAUUAGUUGUGCUUGCGGAACAAUAAUUUUGGCUAUAUCUCACUGCCCUUUUUCAAAUUUUUGUGGGCCUCAAGCAAUGUCCAGAGAAACUUUCAAUAUUUGCCUUGCCAAGCUGUCACUGUAUCAUCAUCGUUCUGCGCUACAAAUGGGAAACCUAUUAAAAACGCUUCACUUUCUGGGGCCCUUCCGUUCGCCUGGGUUCGUCUUCAAAUUGUUUACUUUACAUAACGCCCUGGCUGUUUGUUUGUUUGUUUAGCGGUUUCCAUAUACUGCCGUAGCACACAUAUAGAUAUAUAUAGCUAUAUGUACAUACAUACAUACGAAUCCAAGAGCGCCAUGUAGAAGCAUUUGGCUAACAUAUCUUCUGGCUACACGUUUUUCGCAACGGAAGUUUCUGUCAUGAGUCAGUUGCCUAUAAAUGAUUGAGUUUCGAAUUUAGAAUCGAACAGAAUCAAAGACAUCCAACACAUGCACAUCCAUUGCAGGGUCGCCACGUUCUGGAGGAGUGGCACCAGCCCAAUUUUGGUAUUUCUUUCGAUUUGAUUAAUUCCCCCUGCUUCGUUCACGGUCAUGUGCUGAGGUCGCCAGAUAAGGCCAUAGCGCUUAACUGUGCAUUGCCAUGCUAUGGAGGCAACUUUUCAUUAGUUGGCAUUUGUGUAUAUAUUCGCUAUCAGGCCGCCAGGUGAUCCACUAUGCUAUAAUAAUAGCGUCGAACAGUUGGCUGCAAAUUGUGGGGCCUAAAAUAAGAUCUGCCCACAGAAGAUAUAGAGUUUAUAGUUAUUGCUGUUCUGCCCUGUUCAGCUUGGUUCUGUUGUUUAUUUAGCUCUAAAGAUACAUCGUUUUUUGAAUCACUUGAUAAGAGCGAGAGACUCGUUGUUGAUCUUGCUGGGAAUUAUUCUCCAACGAUCGUUCGAUUCCACCUUGAAUUUUUUCGGAAUUUUUUCACUUGAGCCUUAAAGCGGAAUAUGCAAAUAAACAGACGGCAAUAGAAAUCGGUUUUCGGUCUCAAUAUAGCGCAAAAGUUGAAAUAAAUUCAGGCGAACCGAACCGGCGGGCGUCAAUUGCGCAUUUUAGAAAAACCGCAUGCCGAACACUCAAAACAUAAUUCCAGGCACGUUUGCGUUUAUUUUUUUCAAUUAUUCCACUACCGACGACGAGGUUCAGUAAAAAGUUACUGUAAAUAAAACGGGAGGUUUAAAAAUGGUCUAAAAGAGAUUUAAUAUUUAAAAGAGCACUCCAACUUUUCAUCAGACCCCCAUUGUUUGCUCGAUCAAAUGAUCUAUUUGAUCCGCAAUUAAGCAAUUAUCCACGAGCGUGUACAAUAUAGAUACAACCAUAUGUAGAUACGAUUGGUGGGGAUUGGAAUUUACGAACUUGUUUAAAUCGGAUUUCUUCUUUCAUCUCUUGCAGGCCAGUGGAAUCGGAAUCAUGCGGAAUUAUGCGGAGGAGGAGCCCAGUGCUGCAAGAUGUACUAACUAAUCACUUUACGAAAUUGUGUCUUGCGAUAUAAUGAGCUUAACUGCGAAUAUGUUAACAGGAAUGAUGUCAGCCGUAGUUUAUUUAGACACGCACACACUCAGAAGUCGGCGAUAUUUAUGGCGAAGCUAAAACAUAUGUACACAUGGGUACUAUCAACUUGAAUUGACUAAAUGCACAGUGGGACAAGUGGAUGGCCGAGUUCGAUAAGAUUGGUAACUAUUGGAAACGCCACUGAUUCAUAUUUGUUUAUAUGCCCAAGUUGUAAACAAAGCCAUGAAGAUUGUGUUAAAAUUUUUGGAAAUUCCAACUGGCAUUUCAAGGAAUCUCGUACCACUGUGCUGGGUGGCGAAUUGAAACUGAUCACCGAAAGUUGACUGUUUAUUAGCAAAAACAGUAUGGAUGUGUAUAUAUGGGCGAGUUGUGUGUUUUUAUAUAGGGUGCGCUUGUCAGACAAACGGAAUUAAACUAAUCUACCACAUAAUUUUAAACCGAUUAAUGUUAGUUUAGAAAGUUGUUAAAUAAAACCCAAAAGUACAAGCCAGAGAGCUUGUUCCCUAAUUUAUACCAGUAAUAUCUAUAUAAAUAUAUGUAUGUAUAUGCUUAAGCACUACUAAUGCAGUCAAUAUAAAUAAAGUGCAAUGUUGUUAAACAG